GGUGUUAUAUUUCAUUGUUAUCUUUCUUAUCAUGCAUCGCAUGUGAUGAUUUCAACGCUGUUGGUGUUGUCAGGUUUCUGCUAAUCAAAGAGAGAGAUUGGCAAUGUCUGUGGAGAGGCUUGAUCAGUCUAGAGAUAGAAUCAGAGAGAGUAGAACGACAAUGAUGGAGAUGGAAGAUCUUGGUGUCUCAGCUCUUCAAGAUCUGAGCUGGCACCAACAAACUCUCCUUCACUCUCAGCCUGUAUCAAAAAUACUGACAUCAGUUAGGUCCAAACCAAGCGUUCACACGGAUUACAUAAUAAAUUGGUUGGUUCUAUGUUCAGGGCCUACAGAUGAAGAGAAAUAUGCUUCUUUUUACCUUUUUGUUUGUGAUUUUGAUCAAAUCACCAAUGUUUCAAAAUGUCUCUAUAUCUAUUCUUGCAGGGAUCAUUGCAUGUCUGAAGAAACACAUAAUAUGUAACCGAGUCAUAAGAGAUUUCCAUAGAUGAUCAUGGAACACGGCGAUGACCUUUUAUUGGAAGAUGUAGGCUUGAGCAAGAUAUGAUUGUAGAAACAGGAGGAACAAUGUAGGUGACCAAUUUCUAAUGAUGAUAGUGAAGCU